UUGGAGGAGUUUUGGCAGCGCAGGGAGGACAGCGAUGGGACGCAGACGAUAUUUUCUCCCAAUAAAUGACACUGGAGCCCGGACACAGGCGUCAGUAAUGGCCGGGCGUUAGUGGGGGAGUAUUGUGGUUCUUCACGGUGUGUUGGUUCUUGAAGGACAGAGACCCAGAGGAACUUAGCGGCUUGUUCUUCCAGAGGGAGGAAGUUUGCCGCGGCGGGGGAACCACAAGAGGAAGCCGGGGAGGGCCGAAGUGCCCCGUCAUGGAGGAGUCCGGGUCGGCCCUGGAGAAGAAUGUGGCUGACCUCACGGUGAUGGACGUGUACGACAUCGCCGCGGUGGUGGGCCAGGAGUUCGAGCGCAUCAUCGACCAGUACGGCUGCGAGGCUCUGUCUAGGCUCAUGCCCAAAGUGGUGCGUGUGCUGGAGAUCCUGGAGGUGAUGGUGAGCCGGAGCAGCAUCAGCCCGGAGACCGAGGAGCUGCGGCUGGAGCUGGACCGGCUGCGGCUGGAGAGGCUGGAGCGGCAGGAGAAGGAGCGGAGGCACAAGAAGGAGCUGGAGCUGGUGGAGGAUGUGUGGAGAGGAGAAGCUCAGGAUCUGCUCACCCAGAUCGCUCAGCUGCAGGAGGAGAACCAAUCCCUGCUCACCAACAUGUCCAUCAAAGACCCCAUGAGUGAGGAGGACCUGCAGCGGCAUGAGGGUAUGACGGAGAGAGAGAGGCAGGUGAUGAAGAAGCUUAAAGAAGUGGUGGACAAGCAAAGAGACGAGAUUCGAGCCAAGGACCGGGAGCUCACGCUGAAAAACGAGGACAUAGAAGCACUCCAGCAGCAGCAGUCUCGCCUCAUGAAGAUCAACCACGACCUGCGUCAUAAAAUCUCCGUGGUGGAAGCUCAGGGGAAGGCGCUCAUCGAACAGAAGGUGGAGCUGGAGGCCGGCGCUCAGGCCCGGGGCCAGGAAGUCAGCGCCCUGCGGCAGGAAGUCUUGCGCUUAAGGGAGCGACUUCAAGGAGAGCUGCCUGAGCAGAAUCCUGAGGAACCCACACCUCAGCCCCCUUCACCUGCAGAGCGUGGCAAAGCUGCUACAGUGGGGGCGGCUGGGGGCUGGUCACAGAGACCUGACCUCUCUGAGCUGAUGUGUGGUGGGGUUGACCCUGCCCCGCUGUCCCUGCCCGGUUCCCUCAGCCCAGAGGGACACGAGGACGGGGAUGAGGAGUCGGAGGAAGAGGCAGUGUUGCUUUGGGAGGCGAUGUGCGAUGAGGACAUGCCUGCUGUGUUCCAAUAUUUUACCAAGGAGGCGCUGUGCGAGGAGGAGAUGGGAGGCCUGGACCCACAGGACCCCAACCGGCCCCGGUUCACGCUGCAGGAGCUGAGGGACGUCCUGCACGAGAGGAAUGAGCUCAAGGCCAAAGUUUUUCUGCUGCAGGAGGAGCUGACUUAUUACAGAAGUGAUGAAACAGUAGACGAGACUGUGACUCCUUCUUCGUCUCCCUCGCCUGAACUGAGGACUCGCUCCAGAUCUUCUCCCCAGCCAGAGUCCGGAAUCAAACGCUUGUUUAGCUUCUUCUCACGUGACAAACUGCGGAAUUCGCAGCGCAAUGCACAGUUUGACGGCAGCUUUGGCUCGUGGGCGCGGAAGGACGAGGUGUACACAGAAGAAGCCCAGGAGGCGCUGCAGCACAUGUAGGCACCGGACACAGGACUCGCUGAGGUCACUCCAACUCUGAAAAACUCUUAACACUCCAUGUUCAUCACUCAAGGGCCAGCUCGUGAACCAGCGACCGCACACCAAACCGCCACCAGGGACUGCAGCUAAAAUCUGGUGUGCAUGAGGUGAGAAGAACGACAGAAGAGUAAAAAAGAAAUUCCUCUAAAAGAUGUUUAUUUAAAUACACAAGAAUUAUAUAUUUCAAUGAUGGAAAAUACAGAACGCCAGAAAGUACUUUGUUUUUUACAGAAUGAGAAUAUUUAUGUGAUGGACGGAGGAGAAGUCAAACUCAAGUUGUGGGAAGGAAAGUGGAGAGUUGAUUUAAUUCAAGUGGUUAAUGUUGUGUUGCUUAAAGUCCAGAGUAAACAGUGGGUGCAUAUUUCUCCACAGAUGAAGGUUUGGGACUCAAAAGUGUGCAAUAAAUGUUCUGUCUAAAACUACACAACUCCAGAUGUCGACUCACAGAAAAUGGAGGCGAUUUUCCAAGGAUUUUUUUUAUUCAAUGAGGGAACCAAUACCCACCAAAAUAAAACAUAAACCUGCUAAGAAAACACACAAUCAAUGUGGGGUUUUUACUUUUUAAUCUCCUCUCGAGAAAAUGAGAGCAACACUUUUGAGUCCCAGUAAUUUAUUUGAAAUUCCUGUCCUUGUUCGUGCAGCUCUAUCACCAGCGUUCUGUCAGGUCAAACUAUGCAGCUCCGCUAAUUUAAAACAUACGGCGCCUGGUUUGAACAUGUUGCAGAGAAAUGUAAAAGCUGUCUUCAGAAAAACAAGAAACAACAAAAAAACAUAAUAAUUGUAUUUAUAAUGUACUGCUCUCCAUGCAGUAUAUAGUAAUAAUGGAAGCCCAUUCUGCCAAUAAAAUAAAAAAAAUUUAAAGUAUGAUUCAAAAUAUAUUUUUGACAACAAUCUUUCAUUAUUCUGACUUUCUAGGUCAUCGUAAUUUAGAUUUGAAUAACAGCACUUAUUAUGCCAUCAUUGUUACUUAAAACGUGAACUUCAUUUUUAUAGUUUUGCCAUAAUAUCUCAUAAUCUACCAAUACAAAGUUCAAGCCUUUUGACUUUUGAGCAUAUCAGUAAUUAGUUUCAUUUAGUGAGUUGAUACAGUUUGGACUCGUUUUAUAUAUAUAUAUAAAAUAACUCAUCACUAUGACAUGGGAGGAGGUAAUAAUUCUGAACAACCUAGUUCUGGCUGAAAAAGUGAAAAUUGUGAAACACUAAGUCAGAACAUAUGGUAGAUUCUAAAAUACCCUAAUAUCAAACUAAUGUGGCAUCUUCAUGUUUAUUCCAUCAGCUGUGUUUCAAUAACUGAAUGAACAGUUUGUAUUUUGACAGGAAUUUUCCACAUUUAAAACAAAUCCAAACAUUGAAAACAGAGAGAAAAGGUCUGUUGUAUUUCACUGUGAUCCAACCAAUGUAGUGCAUUAUUAUAUGUUUUCAUUAAGCCUUUAAACAACAUUUUAUGAUAUGAAUGAAAUGAAAAUAUAACUUUACUUCUUAUGUAUUUUUCAUUGAAUUAUGAUACAGACACUUUCAAUUAAAUUCAAUUUGAAUUGUAUGGAGCCAAAUCAUGAUAAACAUUAUCUCAAGGCACCCCAAACAUUUUUUAGACCAAUAUUUAUUUUGUUUCUUGCACAAUAUUUCAUAAUUUAAUUUCUUCUUUCUGGCAUUAAUGGGCUUCCAUAAACGUAAAGUGUGCGCGUAUCUGUAACUCACAACUAUAAUGACAUGAACCCAAAUGUCCAUCCGGUGAGAGCAAUAGAUGUAAUGUGUGAAUUCUAAUAAUGAACCACGACUCAUGGUGCCAAAAAUGUCACUGCCCAUCGUGCACAUACACAAACCCACUCUAUCACGGUGAGUUUCAGUGUCACUAGCUGAACCAGAGCAGGUUACCUUCCUUUUGGUGGUAAAACCAACAGAUGCAGUAUAUUUACAAGAAGAUGAUAUUCAGCAGCUUACUGACAUUUGACAUAAGACCGAUCUGUGCAGAUUCCUCAUAGUGUUCCAUCACUCCAGGACACAGUAUAACUACAUUUGUACAUAAGCAGAACUGUCAGUAUGAGACUUAACCUCUUUAUCUCUGCACUUAUUUAUUUGAAGAAGAUUGCUGAGAAGUAAAGGGCAUCAGAAAAACUCAAAGGCAAAGAUAAUAAAACUGGAGCGCAAAGUCGGAUUUACAUUAUUUUUUAAAUGGUAAUCGAGGUUUGAUGCUUCUGUGAAUAACUGUGGUGUGACCGGCUGUGUUUUAAUACAAGUGGCACUUCAUCUUCAUUUAUAAUCACCCAGCGAGGGGGAAUAAAUGAAUGUACAACAACGAGACUACAAAAUGAGUGUGUCAAUGAGUGUUAACUUAUUUUACAUUUUUACAAAUGCAGUGAAUUAAUGAUACUUGAUGAAGGGGUAUUAUGUUUCGACAAUAUCUGGAAGUCAAAGGGAUUUGGAAGAAUUUAAUGAGACAUUUAAAGGGAAAUAUGGUCAAAAACAAACAAAAAGUCAAAGUUUUCUGAACAGCUGACCCUGGUUCUUCAGCUGCAGGUUAAAAUGAAUAUUUAAAUAUAUGAAGAUUUGAUUAAUGGAUGCGCUUUAUUAAAUAAACUUGCUUUUAUUGAAA